AUGUAUCGGCCAGUCAAACGCCACAUCACCUUCCUGCUCGCGACGACCCUGUGCAUCAUCCUCUUCAUCAUAGCGCAGUCCCGCCGGACAACCCAUAGCUAUCGAUCAAACAAGUCGUCCGUGAGCUAUCCGACGCCGGCAUACGACUGGAAGAACAGGAUCGAGGACUUUCCCGUCAAGAACUUCACUACCCUCCCUCUACCACCACGCCGACGAUUACCCCGAGUACAGCACCGUUUCGGCUGGUUUGCAGGAGCAGCCCAGAAGCACCGUCAAGACGUGGUCAAGGCAGCUUUCUACCGGUGCUGGCAGGCCUACCGCGAGCAUGCGUGGAUGGCAGAUGAACUUGCGCCUGUAUCAAACGGAAGUAAGGUGCACUUCGCGGGAUGGUCUGCGACACUGGUCGAUGCAUUGGACACCCUUUGGAUUAUGGGGUUGAAGGCGGAAUUCGAAGAGGCUGUCGAGGCGGUUAUGACGAUUGAUUUCUCUCUUACUGCCGUCCCGGGGUCGAUCAGCUUGUUCGAGACAACGAUACGAUAUCUCGGAGGACUCUUGGCUGCGUACGAUCUUAGUGGCGAUCCGAGAUUGCUAGUGAAGGCGGUUGAGCUGGGUCAUACGUUGUAUGGAGCGUUUGACACACCGAAUAGGAUGCCACUGACGAGCUGGGACGUGCGGAAGGCGGCCAGAGCCAAUGCAACUGCGCAAGCUGCCGGUGCUGGAGCGAUACUUGCAGAUAUCGGCUCGCUUACGCUGGAGUUCACGAGGUUGUCGCAGCUCACGGGUGACCCAAGGUGGUACGACGCUGUUGACAAAAUCAUGCAAGUCUUCGCCGCGCAGCAGAACAUGACGAGGCUUCCUGACUCCAUGUACGAGUACCUCCUCAAGACCGCCCUACUCCUCGGCGGCUCCGGGUUCUACGAAGACAUGUACACCAAAGCCGCAGCAACAAUUUCCUCCCACCUCCUCUUCCGCCCCAUGACACCGGAUAACGCCGACAUCCUCCUCCCAGGCAAAGCCAGCGUACCCCUCAUCGACAGCCUCAACCUCCCACCCAUCCACACGCCCGCAGCAGAGCACCUCGGCUGCUUCCUGGGCGGCCUCUUCGCGCUCGGCGGCCGCACCCUCACCAACCCCUCCCACAUCACCACCGGCCGUAAAAUCACCGCCGGCUGCGUUUGGGCGUACACUCACAGUCCCCUCGGUGUAGGGCCAGAAGACUGGACCAUGCUGCCCUGUCCCAACCUCACCACCGCCUGCACAUGGAACGAAAGCGCAUACCACUCCGCCAUCCUCGCCCGAGCACCGACGCAGUCAUUCGGCGACCAAUCCCACCUCGACCACUCCCUCCGCGCCAACAGCAUCAUAGCCGCCGACCGCUUACCCACGGGUUUCACCUCCAUCGCCAACCGCGUCUACAUCCUCCGCCCCGAAGCCAUCGAAAGCGUCUUCAUCCUCUACCGCAUCACCGGCGACCCUCAACUCCGCGAGGACGCGUGGGAGAUGUUCCUGCACAUACAAAAUGCGACGAUGACUGCGACGGCCCAUAGUGCGAUUGCUGAUGUCACGGAUGAGGUUUCUGGAGGGGAGAAGAAGGACGAGAUGGAGAGUUUUUGGCUGGCGGAGACGUUGAAGUAUUUUUACUUGAUUUUUGGGCAGCCGGGGUUGGUGAGUUUGGAUGAGUGGGUGUUUAAUACGGAGGCGCAUCCGCUGAGGAGGCCGAAGGGGAGGGGGUGGUGGUGGUAG